AUGUUUCCGUACCAAACUCCUCCCGAUGGCUUCCCGAAUCGGUGCUACCCCAACAACGCUGGACAACACAAUCUGCAGUCGUACGCCUAUUCGGCUCUGGUGGACCCUUCGCUGCAACGGCGCAACUCGGGCUCCAGACGGCCCCGGGCAAAAUUCAGCUGUCAGAGCUGCCACAACAGAAAAGUGCGAUGCGACAUCUCGGUCAAGAACGACAACCUCUCCAACGCAAGCUCCUUCGUCCCCUGCACCAACUGCAAGCUCAACGGCACCACAUGUCAGGUUUUCGAACGCAAGAAAAUGUACGACACAAGAAGGAAGAGACAGCAGUCCGCGCAGGACCUGCUGCGCUCCGCUAACGGCAAGGGAUCCUCUGACUUGCAGAAAAAUGCCGAAUUUGCUCCUGAAAUAUUUCUCGCUGCCAAUUUGGACUCGAUCGCCCUGAAAGCACAAAAUUUAUCGGACAGCCGCCUCUCCAAGAUAGUCACCCACAAGCUGUGUCCGGACCCCGUCUUCCUUGAUGACUAUUAUCGCACAACGGGUCCAGACCUCAUCGUCAGCGAGCAGACACGGUUCGACCGACUGAAAAGCGAGACACUUAAGGUGCCGCCUUUGGAGGUGUGCUGGCUGCUGAUCGAGCGCUUUUUCGACAAGCUCAACUACCAGCUGCCCAUCGUCAACCGCGAGGCGUUCUACGAGCAGAAUCAGAACCUGCGUACACCGUCUUCUGCGCUGCUUCUGCUCGCGAUUCUUUUUGCCGGCUCAAGGGACAUCGACACCGACCAGUGGUCCCCUGCACAGCUCCAGCAGCAACAAGCCAUCACCCAGCGUCUUUUCCACAAGGCUCGACUCGCGUACGAGACCGAGAUCGAGACCGAGCCGCUGUGCAUCGUCCAAACCCUCGUCAUCUUCAGCUGUCAUGCUCCGUCGUAUACCAACAAAGACGCGUUCUACUGGGUCGAGCUCGCGCUGUUCACUGCCGAGCAGUACGGCUUCCACGUUUCCAGCAGCCCGGAGCUGCGCGUCGUCUGGUGGAUCACGUACACCCAGUACCAUUUGCUGCACCUGGCUCACGUGACCAAGCCAAACCGGCAGCCAAUCCAGCCUGUCACAGAGGCCGAUCUCAAGAGUUACGGCCUGGACCAGCUGCAAUGCGAAUACGUGAUGGUGCUGAUGCACAUGUGCACGGUGCACUUGCAAGCCUGGUCGAUUCCUGCCGACGACAAUACGGCCAUGAAGAUCGACACGCUGUGGGCCGAGUGGUUUCAUAGACUACCGAAAAGCCUGGUAUAUCGCAUGGACUCGCGGGCCGCCAGGUCGGUCCUGUGUCUGGUGAUCAACAUGGUGCACCAGACGUUCCUAAUAAUCAAUCAUCGAGCCAACGUUAGACGACUGACUCGCAACGGGCCCGUUUCCACGGACUAUUUCCCGUCGUGGGCCGUCACCAUCAAAAGUGCAUAUCUGAUUUCUGUCAGCACGCAGCAUCUGUCCGAUAUCGAUGAGCUGCGACACUUCCUCGGCAUCUUCCCGCAACUGCUAUACAUUUCGUGUCUCGGGUACCUUGAGCACAUCAACAGCGAGGAUCUCAGAGCCCGGGAGAUCGCACGCGACAAAAUCAACUUCAACCUCCACUAUCUCGACAGUUUGAGCUAUAAGUGGCCUGUUGCCAUUCAGCUAGGAUACCAAGUACGAAGACGUCUGGAGCUGAAAUACGUUCCGCCUCAGAUCCAGAUCCGCUCAGCCCCAAGCGAGACGUUCGACGCCGCCCAGCUGUACCACUGUUUCCUGUCCAAGUCAAGAACCUCCAUUCCUAAUUUGAUUCAGUCCCAGGAGUCUGAAAGCGACGACUUUGUGUACUUAUCGAGGAAGUUCGAGCUGGGAGACGUUUUCUGGAACCCGCAAAUGGACACCAAGCUUGGCACCGAGCUUCAGAAUCGUACCCGGAUUCCUAAUGACCACCUCUCUUUCGUGUUCCUGUGA